GCUCUGUGCCUGAUUAAAAGGGGAAAGGGGGAAGGAAGGACACAGAUAGAAAGCAACCACUGGACAGGAGCAUCCAGCAGUGAACGUGUCCAGACGGCUCCCCCGUGAACUUUCAUUCCUGCACUUUUCUCGUUCCUCACUUUGCAGCUGUGGUCCAUUAUGUACCGGGCAGUGGUGCUGCUGACUCUCAUCAGCACGAGCGCGGCUCUGAAACCCGAGUGGAUGCCGGGGGAUUAUCCUACGACAGAAGCAGGGGCUGAGAGCUUCGUGAGAGACUACAACGCAACUGCCGAAGAGGUCUUCUACUUCAGCACAGAGGCCAGCUGGAACUACAACACCAACCUGACAGAUCACAAUUCGCAGCUGCAGGUUGCUGCAUCUUUGGAAGAGCAGGCUUUCACAGAAGCAUGGGGUCAAAAAGCAAAGGCUCUCUUCAGUGAUGCUCUCAUGGACACCUUCGUUAACCCAGACCUGAAGAAACUCAUCAGUAAGAUUAAUGUUCUGGGACCCGCCAAUCUCCCAACCGCAGAGAGAGAGCGGUACAAUACCAUUCUGAGCCAGAUGGACAGCAUCUACUCAAAGGCACAGGUGUGUCCCCCUGCAGAGAAAUGCUGGUCUUUGGAGCCUGAGCUCACAGAUAUCAUGGCUACUUCAAGAAGCUAUAAAAAGCUUUUGUAUGCCUGGGAAGGCUGGCACAAUGCUUCAGGGGUUCCACUUAGAUCCCUCUACCCUCAGUUUGUGGAGCUCAGCAACAGCGCAUCAAAGAUGGACGGCUUUAAAGAUACAGGCGAUUACUGGCGUUCCUGGUACGACUCUCCAACCUUUGAGCAAGACCUAGAGACUCUGUUUAAACAGCUGGAACCUCUCUACCAAAACCUGCACGCCUUUGUCCGCAGAAAGCUCUACGACUACUACGGUUCUAAAUACAUCAACCUCAAGGGUCCCAUCCCCGCCCACCUCCUGGGCAACAUGUGGUCACAAACGUGGAACAACAUCUACAACAUGAUGGUCCCUUUUCCUGACAAGCCCAGUAUAGAUGUGACACACACAAUGGUUGAUAAAGGUUAUAAUGCUACUCAUAUGUUCCGGGUGUCCGAGGAGUUCUUCACCUCUCUGGGUUUGAUCGAAAUGCCUCCUGAGUUUUGGGACAAGUCCAUGCUGGAGAAACCCACUGAUGGAAGGGAUGUGGUCUGCCAUGCCUCUGCCUGGGACUUCUACAACCGCAAAGACUUCAGAAUCAAACAGUGCACCACUGUGACCAUGGAGCAGCUUUUCACCGUGCAUCACGAGAUGGGCCAUAUUGAAUAUUACCUUCAGUACAAAGACCAGCCGGUCAGCUACCGUGGUGGAGCCAAUCCUGGCUUCCAUGAGGCUGUAGGGGAUGUGCUGUCUCUGUCUGUGUCCACACCCAAACAUCUCCACACCAUCGGACUCCUGGACCAAGUGACUGAUGAUGCUGAGAGUGACAUCAACUACCUGUUGAAGAUGGCUUUGGAAAAGAUCGCCUUCCUUCCUUUUGGAUACCUCAUUGAUCAGUGGCGCUGGGGUGUGUUUAGUGGUCAAACACCACCUGAACGUUACAACGCAGAAUGGUGGUACCUCAGGUAAAAAAACAACAAAAAAAAUCUC